AUGUCGGACGCGGUGGUCAGUUUCAUGAAGGACUUCUUGGCCGGUGGUGUCGCCGCUGCCAUCUCCAAAACGGCUGUGGCUCCUAUCGAGAGGGUCAAGUUGUUGCUGCAGGUCCAACAUGCCAGCAAACAGAUCACCAAGGAGAUGCAGUACAAAGGCAUCAUGGACUGUGUGACCAGGAUCCCAAAGGAGCAGGGCUUCUAUUCCUUCUGGAGAGGCAACCUGGCCAACGUGAUCCGUUACUUCCCCACCCAGGCCCUCAACUUCGCCUUCAAGGACAAGUACAAGAAGGUCUUCCUCGGUGGAGUGGAUCAAAAAACACAGUUCUGGCGCUACUUCGCCGGUAACCUGGCAUCCGGUGGCGCAGCUGGUGCCACUUCGCUCUGCUUUGUCUACCCUCUGGACUUCGCCAGAACAAGACUCGCCGCCGACAUCGGAAAGGGCAACGCCGAGAGAGAGUUCUCCGGUCUCGGCAACUGCCUCUCCAAAGUCUUCAAGAGCGAUGGCCUCAAGGGUCUUUACCAAGGCUUUAACGUGUCAGUUCAGGGCAUCAUCAUCUACAGAGCCGCCUACUUCGGAUGCUUCGACACAGCCAAAGGCAUGCUGCCAGACCCGAAGAACACGCACAUCGUCAUCACCUGGGCGAUCGCCCAGACUGUCACCGCUGCUGCUGGUAUCAUCUCAUACCCCUUCGACACCGUCAGACGUCGCAUGAUGAUGCAGUCUGGACGCAAAGGAGCUGACAUCAUGUACACGGGCACAAUUGACUGCUGGAGGAAGAUCAUGAAGGACGAGGGAUCGAAGGCCUUCUUCAAGGGGGCCUGGUCCAACGUGAUCAGAGGCAUGGGGGGUGCCUUUGUGCUGGUGCUGUACGACGAGAUCAAGAAGUACACAUAA